GUCUACUGCCUCAGCGAUGGCGCCACUCUGCCCGCCUGGGUGAAGAGCGACCGCGCGCGCCGGCAGGCGCUGAAGGAGGACAGCGCCCUCGGGCGGCGCAUCGAUUUGCUGCAGGACUUCGAGUUCGAGGGCGGCACGCGCGGCGGCGAGGGCACGUCGAAGCGGAUCAAGUUCAGCAGCGACGGCAACUACAUCCUGGCCACGGGCGAGUACCCGCCGGCGGUCAAGGUUUUUGAUCUCACCCAGCUCGGCAUGAAGUACGAGCGGCGUUUGGGCUGCGAGUGCGUCGACGCCUUACCGCUGAGCCCCGACCUCGGCAAGAUGGUCUUCCUGCUGGCGGACCGCACGCUCGACUUCCACGCGCCCUACGGGACGCACUACAAGACGCGCGUGCCCACGGCCGGGCGGCGCCUCUUCUACGACGGCGCGCGCUGCUCGCUGCUGAUCCCGUCCGCCAAGGGCAAGGUGCACCGCAUGGACCUGGACGUGGGCAAGUUCGACGAGGACCUGGAUCUCGGCAGCCCGGCGUCCUGCGUCGCGGCGCCGGCGCACGGCGGCGUCCCGCUCGUGGGGUUCGGCUGCGAGGACGGCGCGUGCCGGUUCUUCGAUUUAAGGGCGGCGCGCGACCGGAAACCCGUGGCGACGCUCGACGUGGGCAACGACGUCACGGCGCUGGCCUUCGACUUCGAGGGCAUGCACGUCGCCUGCGGCACGCACGACGCCUACGUGUCGACCUACGACGUGCGGUCGUCGAAGCCCCUGGUCACGAAGGACCACCAGUACGGCCUCCCCGUCGUCGACGUCGUCUUCCACCGGAGCUCCCGGGAGUCGUCGAAGAAGCUCGUCCUCUCCGCCGACGCGCGCGUCGUCAAGGCCUGGGACGGCGACACGGGCGCCAUCGAGUGCAACGUGGAGACGAACGCGCCGCUGUCGCACCUGGCCGUCGCGCCGGCGGGCGACGGCUCGGACAGCGGCCUGCUGCUCUGCGCGGGCGAGCAGUCGAAGAUCAUGUCCUACUACGUGCCGGCCCUCGGCCGCGCGCCCAAGUGGUGCGCGUUCCUCGAUUCGUUAACCGAAGAACUCGAGGAGACGGACCGCGCCACCUACGACGACUUCCGAUUCGUCUCCGCGCGCGAGCUCGAGGACCUCGGCGCGGCGGACCUCGUGGGCACGCCCCAGCUCCGGGCCCACGCCCACGGCUACUUCGUCGACGCGAAGCUCUACAAGCGCCUCAAGGCCGUGUCGACGCCCGCGGCGUACGACGAGUACAAGGCCAAGAAGGUCGCGAAAGCCAUGGACGCGAAGAAGGAGAGCCGCAUCCGCCGGGCCGACGCCGCGGACCUGCCCGCGGUCAACGCGGACCUCGCGCGGCGGCUCCUGGGCCAGGACGACGACGAC